AUGCUGAGCCAACGCCUGCUGCAUCGCUAUCCGCUCCAUGCGCAACUGCGUGAGCGCCCUCGCGCUCGCCCUGCGACACCGCUGUCUAUCCUGCUCCAGACUCGCUACAGUUCAGCGCAGGCAGGAGCGACCAUCGACCUCCGUACGACCGUCCCCGCGCCGCUGGACCUGCCCGCCCGACAGCCCGGACAAGGCGCCGCGAGCCACCUGUAUGCGACGGGCAAGGCCUACCUGGCCUUCUACCGCACAGGCCUGCGCCAUGUCUGGCUGAACUACCGUAGCGCCCGCGGAAUCCAGCGCUCCCUCCGCGACCAAGGCCUGACCGUCCCGCAGGCCAUCGCCAAAGGCCGUCUGACGCGCGCGCAAUUCCAGCUCCUGCACCGCAAUCGCCAUGAUAUCCGGCGAGUGCCCCUUUUCGCCCUCGUCUGUGUGUGCUGCGGCGAGCUGACUCCGCUCGUCGUGCUCCUGCUGGCAAACCAGGUGCCGUGGACGUGCCGGACGCCCUCGCAGGUGAGAAAGUCCCGGCAGCGCCAGGACGCGCUGCGCAUCUCCGGCCAGCAGCAACAGAAUAUCGCGCACAAUGGAAACGGCAGAGAGGCAUUGGUGCGGGCCUCAGGCGUGCUGGGUUUGCGUGGUCGUUGGUUGCGGCCCCCAAAAGGCGUGCUGCAACACCGUCUCGAUCGCCACGUGAACUACUUGGAAUGCGACGACAGGCUUAUCUUGUCAUCGCCCGAUAAGGAUGGCCCACGCGAGUGGGCUGUGACAGAGGUGGAAUCGGCGCUGGUGGAUCGAGGGAUCAGUGUUUCCGGGAGGUCGGAGAAGGAGCUGAGGGACGCGCUGGACAACUGGCUGUCAGAUCGCUCGCAGGCCGACGUGCGGGGUCUGCUGCAGCGCAGGGUAGAGGGCUGUUCAACGGCAUAG